UAAUUCUGAUUUCUGAAGUCUACUGUCUAAGGUUUUUUAAUUUUUAUCGGAAAGCAACUUAGGUUAUGCCAUAAAACGACUAAGAGUACUUUAUAGGUUCAUAUUGCAAUUAAUAAAUAUUUAUUAUUAUCUGCGUUACUAAGCGCAAUAUAUUGAUACAUAUUGUAUUUCCUUAAGUAGUUAAUACAAAUAAAACUUCAAAAUUAAAAAUAUGGUAAUUUAAGUCAUUAUUUUUAUUACAAUUUUAUAUAAAGGUACUAAUAAGUCCUAUGAAAUGUCUUUUAAAUCACAAUUGGAUAAGAAAAAAGCUCAAGAUGAAAUGCGAAAGUUGAUGAUUGAGCGGAAAAAUAAAGAUAAAAAGCCUGUAAAAAUUAAUAAUCCAUUGGCUAAAUACAAUAGUGCUGGGCAGUUAAUGUGUAUACUUUGUUCAUCAAUAGUUAGAUCAGAACAUGUAUGGCAAGUGCAUCUAAAUAGUAAACAACACAGGGAAAAUAUUGAUCAGGCCCAAAAACUCAAAGAACUGACCAAAAAUUUUACUGAUGGCAAAGUUAAGAAAAGAUUGUCUACGACUCCGUCAGAUGCACCACAAGAAAAGAAAAUAAAAGGAAUUUUAAAAAACUCUGGUGAAUGUGUUUCUGCAUCGCUGAAGCCAAAAAAUGAUGCUCCUGUUAUUUACUCUCAUCAUGAUGAACAAAUUAAUAGGAAGCCAUUAAGCUUGGCACCUGAGCAAAAUAUUGCUGAUGGUAGUUUAAAAGAUAAGAAAAUUGAAGAAGAAGAAGCAAAAUCUGAUCAACCAAUACCAGAGGGGUUUUUUGAUGAUCCUAAAUUGGAUGCUAAGGCUCGAAACAUUGAGUAUAAAGAUCCAGUAGAAGAAGAGUGGGAUAAGUUUCAAAAAGAAAUUAAAGAAGAAGCUACAACAUCUGCUGAGAUAAUUGCUGGUGAACAGGAAGAAGCUACCGCUGAAAGACAAAUAGAUGAAAUUGAUGAGCAAAUUAGAAAUUGGUCUAGAGUGUUGGAUCUUGAAUUGAAAAAAGAAGAAACUAAAAAGAAGAUAACAGAAGUUGAUGCAACAAGUGACAAUGGUGAAAGUGAUUCAGAUGCUGAUGUUGACUUAAAUGAAUUUUUAGAUUGGCGGGCAAAAAGAUCUUAUAGUUAACAAACAUUUUGUAAAUAAAUUGAAGUUCUAUAUGAAA